AUGUUGAAGACAGAAAGUCGUGUGCAGGACGGAAUCGGCUUUGGGAAGUUCUGGCUGAAUCGGGUAGACCCGAGGAAUGCUUGCGAGUGGCUCGAACUACUGAGUAGAAUUACUCGAGGGCCACAGUCGAUAAGCAACGAAAGUGGAUCGGGCCGACCAGCCCAGAACAACGAGAAUUCCGCAAGGGAUGGCACGAGCGUGGAAGAUAGCCGAGCGAGGAGGAAAUUGGAGAGGGAGGCAGGAUGGGUGGUGGGUGUUGACGAUGAUGAUGAUGGGGGAGGGGGGGCGGCGAGAGAUGAAGUAACCGCAGGAACGUGGGCGGGACAGACAGUUGAAGUCGAGGGGAGAGGAGAGAGAAGUGGUGGUGAAGCCGCAGGAAGAGAGCGGUCGGGAGAAAUGACACACGGCGGCCCCGGUUGA